AUGUGUAGCGUUCAUUACAAUCACUCACUGGCCGCUCUGAACGGAAACGACAUGAGGAUGUAUUCUCUGACUCUGGAACAGAAGACUGCCUUUGCCUUUGUUGGGAUGUUGCUGGUGUUUUUGGGAUUACUCAUAGUGCGAUGUUUUAAAAUCUUGCUGGACCCCUAUAGCAGCAUGCCGUCCUCACACUGGGGUGAUGGGGUGGAGGGUCUGGAGAAGGGGACGUUUGAGUACGCCCUGACCUGA